ACAACAGAGCUGAUAAAGUAUGCCAUCCAUUAGAUCCAACUGGGAACUUCAUACUAUCCAAGAUACAUACAUAACCGACCAGAAAUACCAAUCAGUGAUAAAUCCAGAAGAUCUAACUACAAUAUAUGCCGAAAAUAAUUUCAAUCGGUUAUUUUUUGAUCUUAACCGUGAUCGAAACGUCAGUCCUCGAGAACUUGAUCAUGUAUGUGCCGCCAUCAAGGUGAAGGUGGCGAUUAAACAAGAAUUACAAAUGCAAGAUAUAAGUUAUGAUGAUUAUAGACUUGGUGCAGGGGAUAGACCGUGUUCGCAUGAGAGUGACUGUGUCUCAGACACGAGCACGGUGUAUCUCAACGAAGGCGACUUCUUGGAUUUUUCUCUGGAGUUGGCCAAUGAGUUGCGUUGGGGAGGGAUAUAUCAUGAUUAUGACUCGGUUACAUUUGAUCAGUUUGAGACUUGUCUUGUAAACGCUGCCAACAAUGGAGGAGAUCCACGUUUAACAU